AUGGCAGUUCACGAUGCUGAAAGCUUCGCUAGACGCGGCGAGCAACUCGAAAGCAUCACCAUUGCUUCACUUGCCCUGUCAUGGUUAAUGAUCGCUCUACGUGCCUACACGCGAGUGUUUAUGAUCUACACGAUAUAUUGUGCUUUUAUCCUUUACAUAGAAGCACACGGCGGUGGAACACACGUCACCAGUGUAGCUCAGCUGAGUGGUUUGACAAAACGAGCUGUUGGCAGCGAAGCGACCUACAUCGCAACGGUAAUGAUGCUCAAGAUCUCGGUCGGCAUCCUUUUCGCUCGAAUCGUAGUCCAGCGCUGGCAGCUUGUCGUCAUAUACACGACCGUCGCUAUCAGCUGCAUCUCGGCUUCGGCAUCCUUCUUCUAUUGCCUGUUCAGAUGCGGCCCUGAUCUUGACGAGUACGUUACGCGGCAAUUGAAUUCUCUGUGUACACCGAGAGUUUUAGAUCGCUUCUUCGCAUACCAACAUGCUGCUUUCGCUUUCUCGACUGAUUGCGUAUUCGUGUUGCUGCCGAUUCCUUUGCUUUGGAAUACGAACAUGAGUCGGAAAGCGAAAUUUUCCAUAGGAUUCAUUCUCUCUUUAGCUACACUUGGUUGCGUUUGUUCUGCCAUUCGGUUUCGAUAUGUGGACGGCUUGACUCAGAUCGAAGACUUCUUUUGGAAUGCCACUAAUAUAUCAAUCUGGUCGACGAUCGAGCCGGGAGUUGGGAUCAUGGCUGGCUGCAUGGCAACUCUGCGGCCCCUGAUGAAGUGC